AUUCAAACUGCUACAAGAGGGAAGGAAAAAAACAUAAGGAAGAAAGCCAGACAGUCAGUUUGGCCUGUUACCUUCUGAUUUGCAUUCUUGGAAGACUGGGCAAGGUAACCUUGACCACUGUGGUCUGGAUUUCAGAUAGAAGCCAUCUACAGGAGCAGGUAUUCUUGAGUAUGGGAAGCUUCUGCAUCAGGAUUUGCCAGUCAGAGUAUGUUUACCCUUUAAGUAUAGCCUUUACCCAUGUGCCGUGCCUGUAAACAAUCCCUUACCCACACUCCUGUAAGCAACUCCAGUUAAACUCACUGUUUGACCAAGCUAGACUUGAGCAGAAUAUCUUCUUCUCACUCUGCCUCUGGUAAAUAGACAUUUCUCCCAGGUGAAAUUCAUACAAAGAGGUUCUUCCUGCCUUCCCCCAACCCAUCUCAACCCACUACAUCCCUGCAUUGUGAAGCAAGGGCAAGCACAGUGAUGUCACAGACCACCACUGUUCUAUCCUCUCUCUCUCGCUCUUUCUGGCCAUCCUGGGCCUUGAUCAGCCUUUCCACUGGUGCCCCAGAGAAAAGAGGUCUACCUUGACAAGCAGCCUCAUCAGGCCACUUGCAGCCAUGGAUGUCAAUGGACACGCAAAGCCCCAGCCCUCCCCAGAGACUCCUGGACCUCUUGCCCUGAACUCCAGCACACUCCUUGUGAACAACAGUCUACAGCAAGAUUCCCUCAACCUGGUUGUCGACAGGCUCCCACCAAAGACAGGUGCUGUGGUUAUUGACAUGGGCACAGGCACCUGUAAAGUGGGCUUUGCAGGACAUUCCCAACCCACCUAUACCGUGGCCACCAUCCUGGGUUGCCAGCCCAAGAAACAGGCUACCAAGGGCCGGUCAGAGCUGGAAACGUUUAUUGGGGAGGCAGCCCGCUCCCGCCCAGAGCUGAGGUUGGUGAAACCUAUUCGCAACGGCAUUGUGGUGGACUGGGAAGCAGCCGAACUAAUCUGGCGACACAUCCUGGAACAUGAUCUCCGAGUGGCCACCCAGGAUCACCCUCUACUGUUUUCGGAUCCACCCUUCAGCCCAGUUACCAACCGUGAGAAGCUAAUAGAAGUGGCCUUUGAGUCUCUGCACUCUCCAGCCAUAUAUGUGGCAUCUCAAUCUGUAUUGUCAGUCUAUGCCCACGGGCGUGUUAAUGGACUUGUUGUAGACACUGGCCAUGGAGUCAGCUACACAGUGCCAGUUGUUCAGGGCUACAACCUACCCCAUGCCAUCCAACGCUUGGACCUGGCCGGCAACCAUCUUACUGCCUUUCUAGCAGAGAUGCUGCUGGGCUCUGGCUUCUCAUUGAGACAAGAGGACCUGGACAUUGUGGAGAGCAUCAAACACCGUUACUGUUAUUUGGCCUCAGAUUUCCAAAAGGAGCAGGCUCGUCUGGAUCAGGAGUGCAAGCAGACCCUGAAGCUGCCGGAUGGACGGACUGUCACUCUGGGGAAGGAGUUAUUCCAGUGCCCAGAGCUCCUAUUCCAUCCGCCCGAGAUACCAGGACUGUCGCCCAUGGGCCUCCCAGCCAUGGCUGAACAGAGCCUCAUAAAGGUGCCUCGGGAGCUACGGAACCAUGUGGCCCAGAAUGUGCUCCUGUGUGGAGGCUCCUCCCUCUUUACUGGCCUGGAGGGUCGCUUCAGGGCAGAGCUACUGCGCUCUCUGCCACCUGAGGAUCACGUGGUGGUGAUGGCACAACCCAACAGGAACCUCUCUGUGUGGAUUGGGGGCUCCAUUCUGGCCUCGUUGCGUGCUUUCCAGUCCUGCUGGGUCUUGCGGGAACAUUAUGAAGAAAGGGGACCUCAGGUUGUAUACCGAAAAUGCUACUAACAGGGGACAAGGUGGGAAGGGCUGAAGGCAGUAAAGCUUUCUUGCCAAGCAAACUCA